UCACGUGUUAACUCACACAGGAGAGAAACCUUUCAGUUGCUCAGUCUGUAAAACAUCUUUUACAGAGAGCAGUCAUUUAAAGAGACAUGUUAACUCACACAGGAGAGAAACCUUUCAGCUGCUCAGUCUGUAAAACAUCUUUUGCACAGAGUGGUCAUUUAAAGAGUCACAUGUUAACUCACACAGGAGAGAAACCUUUCAGCUGCUCACUCUGUAAAAGAUUAUUUAGUAUUUACAGUAAUUUAAAAAGACACAUGUUAACUCACACAGGAGAGAAACCGUUCAGCUGCUCAGUCUGUAAAACAUCUUUUGCACAGAGAGGAACUUUAAAGAGUCACAUGUUAACUCACACAGGAGAGAAACCUUUCAGCUGCUCAGUCUGUAAAAGAUGUUUUACAGGCAGAGGAACUUUAACGAGACACAUGUUAAUUCACACAGGAGAGAAACCUUUCAGCUGCUCAGUCUGUAAAACAUCUUUUGCACACAGGAUAACUUUAAAGAGUCACAUGUUAACUCACACAGGAGAGAAACCGUUCAGCUGCUCAGUCUGUAAAACAUGUUUUAGAGAGAGAGGAACUCUAAAGAGACACAUGUUAACUCACACAGGAGAGAAACUAUUUUAGUUGUUCUUGUUUUGGUAAAGUUGACAUUUAUUCCACUCCCUCACUUGUCAUGAAGACCGUGAGAAACCUCCCUCAUUGAUCACCGUUCUGACUUGGGAUUAAUGGAUGUCAGGAUCAGUUAAACAUGAAUUAAUUAGGCAAACCAAAAGCUGGAGACAGCAAUGAAAAGAUGCUUAGGACGAAGAUGUACUGAAAACAGAGUUAAAUGAAGAAUUUGGGAAUUUCAAACAGAGAUGAGGCAUAAAGUCCGCCUCCUCUCGUCCCACCUGCACUCCGUUUUGUGGUGCAACCAUAAAGUAAUGCUCGAUUCAGAGAAACAAUGGAGUCAAUCUGUAAAGAUGUGGGCACAACAGUCAGAAAAUGUGUUCUCCGACAUAUUUCAUGCCCAUCUGAAUUAUUGUACACAAAUCUAUGUACAGGUUAUAAGUGAAUGUAGAAACAGUGACAAUGAAAAUAUGAUACCAUGUUUAUGCCAAAAAAAAUAGCCGGACACUGCAGGGAAUCUAACCCCAUCCCAGUAAAGUAGGAGUACCAUUACCAGUGCCUUGUUUUAUUUUUGAGGCUUGUGGGUUAUAAUAUUUUUUCCAUCACACCUUAUUUUUUUUUUUUACUUUUUA